AUGCAUUUAUUCCACCAGACAGUGGUCCAUAUCCCCAAUUUACUUCACCUUAUAAACACUUUAAAAUGGUUCAAUCUUGUCAACAAUAUCACCAAGUCCCAUUCCUCAACAUUGCUUAACCUACAAGAGCUUAUGGAGGGAAAGAAAACACAAGGACAAGGGUAUCUGAAAAAGAAGGCUAGUGUGUCUUACCUUGUGGAAGAAGAAAUGGAGAAUGAUACGGACAGAGAGGAGGAAGAGAACAGGAGAGGUGUGACGGAUAGGUUUAAAGGAUCUAGCGGCAGCAACGACCGUGGCUCAUCACGGCUUUGCCAAGUAGAUAGAUGCACAGCUGAUUUGAAAGAAGCUAAACAGUAUCACCGGAGGCACAAAGUGUGUGAAGUUCACGCAAAGGCAUCUUCUGUCUGUCUCACAGGCAUUAAACAACGGUUCUGUCAACAAUGCAGCAGGUUCCAUGAGCUCCUAGAGUUUGAUGAAGCUAAAAGAAGCUGCCGGAAGCGCUUAGCUGGACACAACGAGAGGAGGAGGAAGAGCUCUAGUGAAAGUGUUGGAGAAGGGUCAGGUGGCCGAAGAGGAGUAACAGCUCAGAUGAUCCAGAAUCAAGAAAGAUCAAGGAUUCGAGUAAGGAGUGUGAGUUAUCCAAAAGCACAGGAGACUAACCGAAAGCCACUACCACCACGGUCACGUACUGAAGUUUCAGAGCCACGAAUGAGAUAUCCAUCUUAGGUUUUUGUUGGCUUGACAUAAAAAACAACAAGUAGAUUACAAGAUUUGAAUAAACCAACGACCAUUGUCAGUUAAAUCGUUGAGAGUGGAUUAUGAUAGUAGCAAACCUUCUGGCCUCCUAAUUUCUGGUGGACCAAAACGAUGUUGGGC